AUGGCUUUCGGGUUUGCAGAGAUGGAGAUUGGUGUGAUGGUUCUAUUCAGAGAUGGUUCGGGUUUGCUGGAGGCGAUGGCAAAGGGCUUCUUCGAUGAUGUGGAAUCAAAUUGGAGAAGUGAGGAAGAAGAACAAACUAGCAGUGAGAGUGACGAGGAUUUGGAUGAAGACCCAGAUUUUGUAGACCUUGCCUAUGCACAAAGUGAGGAGGAUGUGAGAUUGUUGAGGGAUGAUGAUAAUCAGUUUCAGGGAUAUGUAGACCAUGAUGCAAUUGACAAUGCAGGUGAAGAGGAUGAGGAGUCAGAUAAUAACCCUGCCUCACCUAGGAUGUGUACACCAGAGCACUCUUCUUCUGAGUCUGAGGUUGUGACUGGAAACUGCUUGAGAAAGAGGAAGCUCCCUAACUUUAAAGACUUCAUCCCAUCCAUUGAUAUGAAAAAUCCUCAAUUUGAGCUCGGUUUAAGAUUUCCUACUCGUGAAAUCUUUAGGGCAGCUGUGAGGAGGCAUUCUGUCCUAAUUGGAAGAGAGCUUAAGUUUAAGGUGAAUGAUGGCAGUAGGAUUCGAGUAAUUUGUGAUGAGAAGUGUCCAUUUCACCUAUAUGCAUCAUCUGUGCAUGGAAGCAAGCAUGUUCAAGUAAAAAGCUAUGUUGGGAAACAUACUUGUGGGCAGGGGAAUGCGAAUAUGCAUGCCAAUGCAAAGUAUUUCUCAAACUGGUAUGAAAGCAGUUUAACAAAUUCUAACUGGGAUGUGGCAUCUUUUCAAGAGAAGGUGAACCAAGAAACUGAUUAUUAUCCUUCUAGGGCACAAGCUUAUAGGGCAAGAAGCUUGGCAACUAGCAAUAUUGAAGGGAGUUAUACCGAACAAUAUGAACUUUUAUGGGAUUAUUGUGAGGAGUUGAAAAGGACAAAUCCCGGUAGUUCAGUGGUCUUAAAGUCUGAGUUAGAGGGUGAUAUGCCAAGAUUUCAAAGGGUUUACAUUUGCUUGCAAGCUUGUAAGCAAGGGUUCUUGGAUGGUUGUAGGCCUUAUAUAGGGUUGGAUGGUUGCCACAUCAAAGGCCCUCACCCUGGCCAAUUGUUAUGUGCUGUAGGAGUUUAUGCAAAUAAUGGGAUGUUCCCAUUGGCAUAUGCUAUAGCUGAAGUUGAGAGUUACAAUACUUGGAAGUGGUUUUUGGAGUUAUUAAGUCAUGAUUUGAAGAUAGAGAAUAGCCACAACUAUUUGUUUAUGACUGACAAACAAAAGGGAUUAAUUGAUGUUGUGGAUGAUUUAUUCCCAAUUGCUGAGCAUAGGUGUUGUUUGAAGCAUUUAUAUGCAAAUUUCUUGAAGGAACAUAAAGGAUUGGCUCUAAAGCUGCAAAUGGAAUCAAUAGCAAGGGCCACUACAUUGCCAUGGUUUGUUGAGGAAAUGAAGAAGAUGUUAGAGUUAGAUACAGCUGCACAUGCUUGGUUAUGUGAGAGGGAUGCAAGUCAAUGGGCUAGAUCCCAUUUUAGAACUGACUUUAAGUGUGACAUUUUUGAUGAAUAA